AGCAAGAAAGUACAUAUCAACGUCGACCUCGGCGAAGGAUACGGCAACUUCAAAUGCGGUCCGGACGAGGAACUGAUUCCUCUCAUCGAUCACGCCAACAUCGCCUGUGGAUUCCAUGCCGGCGACCCUUUGAUCAUGGCCAACACAGUCAAGCUAUGCAAGCAGCACAACAUCAAGAUCGGAGCUCACCCUGGCCUCNNCCCUGAUAUCCAAGGCUUUGGCAGACGAGAGAUUAAAAUGUCACCUGAAGAACUGACUGCAAUGGUCAUCUACCAAGUGGGUGCCUUGAAGGCCUUUCUAGACGUCGAAGGAGUGCCUCUGCACCAUGUCAAANNCCCUCACGGAGUACUCUAUGGCAUGAUGUAUAGAGAUCGUGAAGUAUGUCGAGCGGUCUACUCUGGUGUUCCCAAAGGCACACCUGUCUUUGGACUUGCAGGCACUCUUCAUGAGGAAGUUGCAAAGGAGCUCGGCUUGCCAUUUGUUGCCGAGCUGUACGGAGAUGUGAAGUACUCAAAAGACGGCACGUUGUCCCAGCUGGAAAACUCGUCUGUUGUUGCUGUUACUGGCGAGGAGGUCAACCUACCAAUCGGUGAUCACGAGAUUUCACUGUGUUGCCAUUCUGACUCUCCCGGCGCUGUGAACAUAGUGACAGCUGCCAGGAAGAUGGUAGAUGAGUUCAACAAGAAGCACCAUAGU